AUGGCCCCUUCGUCGUCCGCCAGUUCUUCGGGCACGACGUCGGUUCAAGUCGCCCUCCGAAUAAGACCGCAGACGCAACAGGACAAUGUGUCUAUACCCGCUCGUUUCCAACGCACCGUCCUCCACGCCGCGUCUCCGACGUCGGUCAACAUGGACGCCGUCAAUGCCACUCCUUCCUCAUCCGGCGCUGCGGGCGCUUCCAACGCCGCCGGCGCUAACGUAGCCGCCGUCAAGAAGCAGGCCUUCACCUUUGACCAGGUCCACCCGCCAGAGACGAACCAGCACGAGAUGUUCACCGCGACCGCCGAGCCCCUCGUCGGCCGUUUCUUGGACGGAUUUAAUUGCACGAUCCUCGCUUACGGCCAGACCUCGUCCGGAAAGACAUUUACCAUGACCGGCGCUGACCUCGACGGCGACCCGAUGGACACCAAUAACCUCAUGGGCAUCAUUCCCCGCGCCAUUAACUCCCUCUUCCAACGUGCACGUGAACUCAAGGAGGAAAAGGGCGCGGCCUGGAACUACUCCGUCAAGGGCUCGUUUAUCGAGAUUUACAACGAGGACCUUAUCGACCUGCUUAGCGACGACGGCCGAAGUGGCCGCAACGUCCAGAUCCGCGAGUCCAAGGACGGCCACAUCCUCUGGGAGGGUCUUCGCGAGGUUUCCGUUAAGAGUGGACAAGAGGUUAUGAAUCUGAUUCGUCAGGGCACUUCCAUCCGACGAACCAACGAGACCGAAAUGAACGCCCAGUCCUCACGCUCACAUGCUAUCUUCUCGCUUACUCUAACUCAGCGCAAGUACACCGGAUCCGGUCAGCCUCAACGUUCCCCCUCCCCUCUCCCGGGCGCUGGUCGCUCGCCUUCCCGUCUUGCUCGCCCCGGGUCUAUGUUCGCAAACUCUCCCUCUCGAGUCUCUUCGCCCACGUUCAAUCAGCGUCCUGGAACCCCCACUUCCAGCUUUGCUUCUGCUAUGGGUCGCGGCGGCCAGCGCCCCGCUAGCUCUCUUGGCCAUCACCUAGAAACUCCGAAGAAGGCUGGCGCAGAUGACGAUAGCGGUGAAUGGGUCACCAUCGUCUCCAAAUUCCACUUUGUCGACUUGGCUGGAUCUGAACGUCUGAAGCGCACGGCCGCCGCGGGCGAACGCAUCAAGGAGGGUAUCUCCAUCAAUUCUGGUCUUCUCGCGCUAGGGAACGUCAUCAGUGCACUAGGUGACCCCGCGCGCGCGAAGUCGCACACAGCGACUUACGUGCCGUAUCGCGACAGCAAGCUCACCCGUCUCCUGCAAGACUCGCUCGGUGGCAAUUCGCAUACACUCAUGAUCGCCUGUGUUUCUGCCGCCGAAUGGAACGCGGCGGAGACGCUCAACACGCUAAAGUACGCGAACCGCGCUAGGAAUAUCAAGAACCGCGCGAGUAUCGACGUGAAGGAGGAGGGCUGGGACGACGUCGAGUGGCUUCAAACGACUGUCACUCGUCUUCGCUCGCAGAUUAAGACCAUGAAGGAUGGUGGCGCUGUCGCAGCACCCGCCGCAGGAGAGCCUCAGCCAGACGCUCCCGCCAAUAAGAAGCUCCUUGCGAGUCUCGAGGAGCUCCGCCAGAGCUACGAAGACCUGCGUCAACAAUACUCUGCCAGGUCUGAGGAGUUGGUCAAGCUUCGUCGCGAGCACGGCGAGCACGUCCGUUCGGCAACCACCGGCGCUGUUCCUGGCAUGAGCAAGUACGAGGAAAUCGUCGGACCUGUUAUCGAGGAGUACGAGAAGAGCCUGUCCGACCUCGAAACUCAGCUUCAACUCGCCCGCGCCGCUCUUCGCCACACCAACGCGAUCGUUGAGGAGAAAGAGGAAGAGCUCACUGCCAGCGAGGAGAAGCGACAGGCCAGCGAACUUUACGUUGAGGAGUUACGCGGCCGUCUCGCGAAGUUGCAGGAGCGUGAGGCUGGCACCGAGGCGUAUGUGCGUGAUCUUGAGGAGCGCAUCCGGGCGACAGACGAGGGUGCGGCAAGCAAGUCUGAGGGUCUUGCAGAUCUACGGCGCGAGCUACAGCGCGUGCGCGACUCAGAGGCCCAGGGUGCAGAGUACAUCAUCGAACUUGAGCGCCGGCUUGCCCGUGCGGAUGAGAGCGUACUUUCUCUCCGCUCAGUUGUCGAGCGUCUGGAGGCCGAGGCCGAGCGGAGGCGGACUGAGGUGGAGAUGCUUACUGGCCGCCUCGAGGACUUCGCGCGCGACGGCGCGGCAUGGCGUGCAGACCUCGAGGCUCGUGAAGCCAAAGUCAGGGAUCUCGAGGCACGCAUGGCUGAAUGGGAGGCUACGCGGAAGGCUGCGGGAGAGGAGCGUAACCGCCUGCAGGUCGCCGUUGCUGAGGCACAAGCGACCGCUCCGGCAUCUCCUAUCGACGGUCCCAGUACGGGCCUGAAUACGCCGGCUAUGAGCAACAAGGGACUCAAUGAAACCGAGACGGCCGAGCUACUUCAAUUGCGCGAGGCUCAAGUCGCGCUCGUUGCUGACCUUGCGUCUACGACGGACAAGUACCGCGACGCUCUGCGCGAGAUCUCCGACCUUGCUGGCCAGAUCAGCGAGCUCAAGCUUCAGGGUGCCGCGCCUGCUGAACCUGUCGGCGCACUGGAGACCCCCGUCAGUACGCCAGGGGGAGGUGGAAGAAGGCGGAUUCCGCGCGAGAUGAGUGGGAGUAUCAGUGCGGGUGCGGGAGGUCGCCGGCUUUUUUUCCGACAUGCGGCCUCGACCGAGUCCUUACAUUCGAGGUCGCUCUCGCAGUCGCAAUCUCAAUCUCAGUCGCUAUCACAGGAGCUGUCAUCCGCACACUCUCGGAAGGCUUCAUCAUCUGGGACUAGCUCGCCGUCUUCCUCACCCGGCGCGAGUCAUCACCGCCCGAAUCUCAGCAUCAGCCUCCCUCACCAGGAGCGCACCGUCAAUACUCUGGAGAAGGAGAUCAUGCGACUUCAGGACGUCCUGCGUCAGCGCGAUGAGGAGAUUGCGGCCCUUGAGCGGAGCGUCAAGAUGCACGACGACGUGCAUGGCAAUGGUCACACGAACGGCGGAAUGCUCAGCCCACCAGCGAGCGAGUCUGAGGGUGACGGGUUGAUCACGCCUGCCACCGUACAGCGCUUCGAGAACCUGAGGAAUAGCAUGCAGAUCCAUGCGCGCACGGAUAGCAAUAGUGUCAGCAAUACGGAUUCGGACGAGCAGCUCGAGCGACUCAACGAUCUCAUGCGCGCGAUGGCCCAGAAAGAGUCGACGCACCGUGAGGUCGUUGAUGACCUCAAUGAACAACUCAAACAGAUCCGGCGGCAGCACGACGAGCUUCAAGUUCUCUCCAGCAAUCAGACAAUGCUCAUGUCUCAGGAACUCGAGAGUCUUCGUGGCCACCACGAGACGGAGCUUGCACGUCUAGCUGAGGUUGAGGCGCGCGAAGCCGAGUUGAAGGCUUCACUCGAAGAGGCGCAAACUGCGCACGCCCGGUCUCAAGAAGAGCACGCUUCGCAGGUUGCUGCACUUCGUGAAGAGCAUGAGGUGGCGCUGAGGGCGAAGGCGACUGAACUUGACGAGCUCGUCGCACGUCUCAAGGCCGAGCACGAACGCAAUGUCUCUAGCCUCUCUGCGGAUCAUGAAGCCGCCUUGCUGUCCGCUCGUGAGGGUCACGUCGCGGCAUUGACCAAGGUCGCCGAGGAACAUCAAGCAGCGCUCAACGCCGUCCGCGACGAGCUCUCCGCCGCGACUGCUGCUCUCGAGAAGGCACAAGCGGACCAUGCCGAGGCGUUCGGUGCCCUCAAGGCUGACCACGCUGCGGAGCUGAAGUCGAAACUCGAUGAAGCCGCUGCUGUCCUUGCGGCCGCGAAGACGGAGCACGAGGCCACGCUCAAGGCUCAUGACGACAACUUAGCGCGUACCGAAGAGGAAUUCUACAACGGCCUUACCAAGCUUCGAUCAGAGCAUAGCGAGGCUCUCGCCCAACGUACCGCCGACGCCCAGCGCGCUGCUGAGGAGCAUGCCGCCGCCUUGAAAGCCGCUGAGGCUACCCACGAGCAGGCACUGGCGGAGGCGCGCGAGGCUCAUGCAAAGGUGCUCGAGGGCGUCAAAGAGGAGCACUCCCAGGCGCUCAGCCGUAAAGAGCAGGCGCUCGCGGAGGAGCUUACCCGCCGUGAGGAACAGCACACCGCCCUCAUUGCGCGUUUGAACGAGGAGCACGCUGCCGCUCUACGUGUCGUUGAGAUUUCGCGUCAAGGCAGUCUCAGUGACACCCAGGAGGCCCAGGAGCGGAUGCUUAAGGACCUUCAGGAGGAGCACACCGCGGCGCUCGCGCGCAAGGAGGCUGCUUUCGCCGAGGACAUGGAGCACGCUCGUGCGGAUCAAGCGAGGACCUUUGCCGCGGCUGCCGAAGAACACGCAGCAGCCCUUGAGAGCUUGCGCUCGGAACACGCCAAGGCGCUUGCAGAGCUUACGGCUACGCAUAGCGCGGAGCUCACCAAGGCCCGUGAAGCGGUCGAGGCGGCACAGCGGGAACACGCUGCCGCGGCGGACAAUGCGAAAGCAGAGGCCGACGCGGCGCUUCAGGCUGUCAAGGAGCAACAGGCGGCUAUCCUGCGCGAGGUUGCAAUCGGCCAUCAAGACGAGCUUGCGAAGCUCACGGCGAAACAUCAGGCGAACGCCGAGGCGGCUACGGCUAAGCUCGAGGCGGAACGCGCGGCUCUUACCGAGACUCACAACGAGAAGCUCGCCGCACUGUCCAGCGAACAUGAGCACACCUUCGGCGAGGUGAAGGCUGCGCAAGAGACAGCUCUUCAAGAGGCGAAGCAGGAGGCGGAGCGCGAACGUGCAGCGCUUGUACAGUCACAUGCAGAAGCACUGGAGGCCGCAAAUGCAAGUCACGCCGCCGCCCUCGAGGCCGCCCGCGGAGAGCAUGCCGCAGCGCUCGAAGCUAUCCACGCUGAACACGCGACUGCACUUGACGAGGCCGUCAAGAAAGCCAAGGUUGAGGCCGACGAGGAACACACCGCGCUGGUGCAGAGCCAGUCCGACCGUGCCCUUGCUGCGCAGGCUGAGCUUGACGCCGCCCUCAAGGCCGCGCGCGAGGAGGCGGAUGCCGAACGCCAACGGCUGAUCGAGGAACAUCGCGAGCAAGUUCUUGCGCACGAUAAGGCAGUGGCUGAACUCGACGCCGCGCUUGCUGCAGAACGUCAAGCACGUCAAGCGCAUAGCGCAGAGUCUACCGCGGCCGAACAGGAACGUCUGGCUAGUGCCGUUGCCGAGCUCGAGCAGGCCCACGCCGUGGAGCGCGAGACUAUGCAGAAGGAACAGGCACUGCUCCGGAACGAGCUCGAGUCGUACAAGGCGGUUGCCGAGGAGAAUGCCCUUGCACGCGAGAGGGAACGGGUAGCUCACGAGAACAUCUUAGCUCGCCAUUCGGAGACCAUCUCCAACCUGCACCAGGAGUUGUCAGAGGCGCAUAAUGAGCGUGAAGAGCUCGCGAACGAGAUCGAGACAUUGCGCGCUCAGCUUGGACAAAAGGAGCAGGAGCAAGCCGUACUCGUUCAAGAAGCUUCGAAACGCGUGUCGCUCGUCGAGGAACUCGACCGCCAUCGUUCCGUUCUUGCCGAAACUCAACGGACGCUGCAACGUAUACGCGACGAGAAGGAUGCCAUCCAGGAGGAGAAAGCUAAGCAUGAAGCGUCUGUGCGAGAGCUUCAGGCUCAACUCGCCCGCGUGCCGAGUCCGGAUGUACUCAGUUCCCCCAUUCUCUCGCGCCCUCCGAACGAGCGCCAGUCGACAUUCAGCCGCAUCAACGGUCACGUUUCGAAGCUCCCUCCGCCGACACCACCUCCCUCAGUACCGCCGCCUCCUGCGCCCGCUCCGAAUGGACCUCUUCCCCGCGCGCCCGAGCAUCACCAGCAAGCGAGCAUGUCUAGCACGCCCAUCUCCUCGUCCAGCUCCCGUGACUCGGAGGCAAUGGACAGCCCUGCGACAAGCGUUACGCCAAGCGCAGCAAUGCCCGCGCCGGACCCGAAGCUGCUCGCGCAGAUUGAGGACCAGAGCCGGACCAUCGACGAACAGGACGCGAUGAUCAAGACGCUCAAUAAGCAGCUCACACACUGUGAAAGCGAUCUACAGGCUCACAUGGACCUCGUCAAUACACUCGAAACGUCUCUCGGCGACUCGGAGAAGAAUUUGCGCAAGGCGCGCAUGCAGGCUACGGAGCUUGCGCGGGAGCGGGAUUCGCUCAAUCAGCAGGUUGACGGACUCCGGAACGAGCUCACGGUCGCGAAACGCGAGGUGGUGAACGUUCGGCAGUCAAUUGUUGAGGAGAAGCAGUCGCUUGAACACCGGCUCGAGGAUGAGCGCCGGCAGAAGGAGAAGGCCCGGCAACAACUCGACACGCGGAUGGAGGAGCUCCAGAAGCGCAAGUCCAAGUUCGUGUGUUUGUGA